AUGUCCUUUGGAUUCUCGUCAACGACUGUUGACUCCAGCAUCCAGCGCGGCAACCCUUCAGGAGCUCCGUCUAGCGGCCUCCAAGUUGCACCCCUACGACAAUUGCUGCUAUCAUUGGGACUUUUUAAGUUACUUCUCACGGACUCUAUUCUCUCGUGGCUCUUUAACCGUGUCUCCGAUCAAGACUCUAAUGCAUGCAAUACUCUUAAUGGUGUAUCUUACAUACUUUUGGUCUUCAGGCUAUGUAGCAUCAAAACGAGGAAUUCCAAUGUUUCGCAGUACCUCGCUGGCAACGGAGAAGACCACAAUGUUACACGAGAAGUCAACUUUAUGCUGCGUAUGUUCUCGACUGAGAAGGCUGCUAAGGAAAUGGCGCCGAAGCUGUUAGUCAGUUCGGGAGACAUUGAUAGUUCCUCAAUUUGCCGCGCCUUUGGUUUGACGGUGUCUCAGUUCAUUUGGGAAGAUAAUAUUCGAGAACACCAUGAAUCCGCUCACGACAGUACCAAGAACAAGAAAUGGGAGCCAAAGGUUGCGGCAAAAGCAUACGACACCAUCAUGAUAUCCGAGUCCCAUUCUCUAAGUCACGAAACGUCAUCACGUUCGAGUAUAACACAGGGCAAACAGCCCCACACAUCAGCCAGUCCUAGCUUAUCUCGCCAGAAUGAGGAUCCUUCUGAUGACGAUAACCUUCCUCCUGUUGAUGAUGUGCCCGGUCCAAGCUUGUCAGCUGCCCCAUUCACAAAGUUCAACGACACCGCAGGGCCAAGCUCGAGCCGGUUAAUAAAGAGGACCGAUCUCCAGAAUGAGGGCAAGCAUUUCGUGGUGAAUGUCUACUCCAGCGGGAAAAGAACGUGCACUGAGGCAAUGGGGCCGUUUGAUGCCGAGCGUUGGGAGAGCCUGGAGAAAUGGCUCGGAACAGGACUUUGCACGUGCUCUGGUGCCAAAGACUUCGCAAAGAAAGAGUGGAAAGAACGAGAAGAGGCUGAGAGUCAAAUGGAUAAAAACUUAGUCCUCGUACACCGGAUGAUUCUUACCAUGAUCUUUGCAAGAGCGACAAGACGGAUCAACUUGGCUAUCCGGUACUGGGAUGAUGUGGCGAUGGAAAAGGCACAAGGUCAUACUCGUGAUCUUGUAGCCGCCGACGAGCACAAAAGGAUGAUACUUUUCCUGCCGAUGGACUCCAGCUUCUGGCAGCAGGAAGCAAGGCUCACUGCAGUUCUCAACCUACUUGACGAAGCCUACCACUUCCACAGCGGCUCGUGCGAAGUAUACCCAUUUCGACACGAGGCAACAAGCGCCUUGGCCAAGAUACUCGACGUAAGGGCACUCGAUGCGAUUGCAAAAGACGCUCCGUUUAACUAUGCCUACCGACCCUGCUCCAAGUCUCAGCUUGCGGAUCAAGAGACCACUAUUGUCAAGGGCACUUUCAGCUGUGCCGCCCUUCACACGCGAUUGGUUCCACCAGAAAAGGUCGAUACUCUGCAGAGCUGGGGAGAAGUUCGAGUUUUGAUGGUCGGCGACAAAGUGGAUGAUGAAGAUACUGUCUUCACCGGCCUCCGCGAUAACUCUUCCUUGACAGAUGGCCUCGUUCAGAAGUCUAGGCCCGGGCAUCAACCAAACUGGGUUAGGAACAAAACGGACAGAAAAGCCAACGUCAGGGAACUCAAGGAAUUCUGUCUGUUUUGGCACUUCUAG